GGUUCUGCCUUCCACACCCUUCUCCCCUCCAGUGCUCACAGUGCCUCUCCCAGCAACUGCUGCUCCUCCUUUCUCAGUUCAGUGUGGGACACCCCGUUUUGUGGGAAGCCAUGCRGGGUGCUACGGUGCUAACUAAUCCUGCCAAGGUUCUACCAGGUAGAGCCCAGAGGAUGAAGGUGGCAGCCACCCACGCUGUCAAUGGGAACCCCACAGUUCCACCGUUCCCACCACAGAUGCAGAUCGCAAUUUUCGGCAUGGGAUGCUUCUGGGGGGCUGAGCGGCUCUUCUGGAACACUCUGGGGGUCUUCUCCACCCAGGUGGGGUUUGCAGGAGGCUUCACCCCGAACCCCACCUAUGAAGAGGUGCGCACAGGGCUGACUGGGCAUGCCGAGGUGGUGAGGGUGGUCUUUGACCCCCAGAAGAUCAGCUACGAGGAGCUUCUUAAAGUCUUCUGGGAGAACCAUGACCCCACUCAAGGGAUGAGGCAGCAGGAGGACGUGGGUACUCAGUACCGCUCUGUCAUCUACACGCUGGACUCCCAGCAGCAGGGAGCUGCCCUCCGGAGCAGAGACAUGUACCAGCAGGAACUGGGAGCACAGCGGCACGGGGACAUCACGACCAUCAUUGAGCCCGCUGAGGACUUCUACUAUGCUGAGGACUACCACCAGCAGUACCUGCACAARCAGCCUGGGGCCUCCUGUGACCUGAAGGGCACUGGGGUCAGCUGCCCUCUCUCCUCCUGAGGGGCUGCCUCCUGCUCUCUGGCCUGUCCCAACAUCCCUGGUGCUGCUGMCACCCCACAGUACCCAUGUGCCCCAUUGCUCCCUGUGAUUAAA